CUUACACAUAUAGAAGCACACCUUUCCUUCAACUUGCAAGCUUCCACAACUAAAUAGAAGCUCCAUAGAGAGAGGGGGGCAAUCAGCAACAUCUUCCAAGAUCCAAAAAGGUUGAUAGAUAAGGAAAAGAAGCAGGGAAAUGAAUAAUCUUGCACCAGGCUAUCGUUUCUACCCAACAGAAGAAGAAUUAUUGAGUUUUUACCUUCGCAACAAGCUCAACAGCAGGAGAGAGGACAUGGAACGAGUCAUCCCCGUCGCCAAUGUGUACUGCUUCGAUCCAUGGCAGCUCCCUCAGAUUUCAGGAGAGCCAUGCAUUCGAGACUCCGAGCAAUGGUUCUUCUUCUGCCCAAGGCAAGAGAGGGAAGCUCAUGGGGGUAGACCGACUCGAACCACACCUUCCGGGUACUGGAAGGCCACCGGCUCCCCUAGCCUCGUCUACUCCUCCGCCAACCGUGUCAUCGGUGUGAAGAAGACCAUGGUCUUUUACCAAGGAAGAGCUCCCACAGGAACCAAAACCAUAUGGAAGAUGAACGAGUAUCGGGCAUUUAAAGAAGAUGCAGCCACCACUAUGUCAACUGAAAUAUCAAAGCAACGAGGCGAAUUUAGCUUGUGUCGAGUCUAUACAAGAUCGGAGAUCAUCAGAGCAUUCGAUCGGCGUCCUCCCGUCGCGAUUACAGCAAGCGAGAGUCGAAGAACGCCUGAAGCGUUGCCCUCCAUGGAGACAAGAUUCAUGGCCAAGAGAGACAGGUCUGAGGGUAGCUCCUCGCCCGAAGACGAUGUCUGCAGCCGCUCGAUGCAUCAUCGAAGAACCAAUGAUCCCAAAGGAAUUGAGGACAAUGGUUGGGACUUGUUGGAUUGGGUUUGA